CAUGCAAGUUGAGUUUGGAAUCGAUUAGUUAGUUGAUCUUCUGUUCUUUUAACACAACAGUUAGUCGGUUUCAUUCAAUCAUUGAUGAUGUGUUUUUAUUUAGUUAUUGUGUCUUCUUGAUCUCUUGAAAGUGUGUUGGCAUAAAUUUUUGUUCUUUCUUAAUUGAACGAAACACUUUUUCCAUCGAUUUUUGUUUUACCUACUGGUUUUGGAACGUUGCUGUUUUUGUGGUACUUUGGACAAUUAAAAAUUUGAUGAAAUAGAAAUAUGUGUUUCGGCUAUAUCGUCGUUAGUGUGCUAUUGAUCAGUUUGCCGGCACAUUGUUAUGAUUUAACUGAAAAUCAAAUCAAAGAAGACAUAAAAUAUUUGUCACAGACUAGUGAGGGAACAAAACCGUCUAGACUGAGGACAUUGUUAUUGGCCGAUUUGAAAAGAGCAUUGCCAACGCUACAAGAUGUAAGUAAUUGCUUCUCGAGUGAUGACCUCAAAGUAACACAAAAUUGCACCUGUGUUGAUUACUCAUGCGAAAGAUUGAUUAAUCAUGGCAAGAGAUCAAGAAUACAGAGAAGCUGUGAGGAUUUUUGUUGCAGACGGUCGAACACGGUUAAAAAAUCUUUAGAUUACAACGAAUUUAAUGAUGUAAACAAACACAACGGUUGUGAUGCUUCAAAUUGGGAUUCACCAGAUGGAUUCGAGCUACCAUGGAUAACACAAAUUUAUCUAACAAAAUCGAAGUCACCAAUAUGUCUUGGAUCACUCAUUCGUCCAAACAUUGUCAUAACUACAUUGCAAUGUGUUUCUACAAUACCAAAUGGAAAUCUUAAAACGAAGACCAGAGAAUUGAUUGAUCGUUAUCAGUAUCGCUAUCAGAUUAGAAAUGUUACGAAGAAGAUCAUACCAGAGAACUAUCCUCAACUGUUCGAGAAAUUCGGCUUCAAUAUUGCUCUGUUGGUGUUGAACAAAGACAUCGAAUUUACGAAUGGUGUGCGUACAUCCUGCCUUCCACAACAACCAUUCAACAUCGCAAAUAUUAACAAAUGUUACAUUGAAUCUCUCGAAUAUAAGGGAGGAAGGUCGCUGUCCAGAAGAGAGCAAAUUUUUGUUCAUCCAGCUGAAAGAUGCUUGCAGAGAUACAGUCAGCAAAAGAGGCUGAACGCAUUUUUCCCGAAAUCGAACAUGUGCGCUGAAAGAAAGGAUGGUCAGGAUAUAGGCAUAUCAUUAAGCGGUGCACCGUUAGUUUGCUCAUUUAAAACAAUGGCCGGACUUCGAUAUGUACAAUACGGAAUGUUGUCGCAGGCAACCGAAUACAAUAAAUCGCCGCAUUUGUUUGUUAAUUUGCAUAAUUUCAAAAAUUGGAUCGAGAAGAAUUUGAGCAUUUUAAAAUAGGACGAGAGUUGUGUGCACCCUGUGCAAAGGUUAUCUACGAUUUAUCUACCCAUAUACGAAAGUGUUACGCAAAUAAAUCAAAGAAUUUUACAAUUUUGUG